UUAGUAGCUGAGCUGGAUAUCGGGCUUGACGGUUUGCAUCUAACAUAACUCCAAGAGCUCCCAAUAGGGCGUAGAUCAAGCCACACUACGUAAUCUAUCUCCGUCCGCUGGUAUGUGCCUAGCAGGCCAAUAUAUUUGUGUGUCCGGUCCAUUUUUCCUUCUCUUUGCUCACAUCCACCACUUCCCUAGUCAUCACCACCUCUCGUUGCAGUCACGCAGAGUUUCAUCUCCACUUACUCUCGACGGGCGAGUAGCUGGGCUGCGCAGCAUCUUGACUACAACUUCUAGAGAUAUUAGGACCUUGACUUACCGUAGAGGGCGCGGGCAGCAGUGCCAGUCGGUGCUAGUCUCCGGGCUGUUCCUGGUGAUACGGGCAUAGCAUCACAGGAAUGGACACGCAGGAAACGGUGUACCCCUCGGGGCAGCACUACUCGGGAAGAAACCGGAUCCCAAACAUCAAGCAGUUUGUCGAAGGCCUCGACCGGCAAAAGAAGCACCGAGAUGCCCAGAUCGACAAGCAGAACCAGAACGGCACGGCCAACGGCAAGGCCAACACUGACGGCGCCAGAGACCAUAUCCCCACCCAGAAGCCUGGCAAGAACCGCCGCACCAUCCGCGACCCCGUCACGGGUAAGGACGUCGAGAUUGAAGACAUUAGCUCACAGCACCUCAAGGCCGCCGAGCAGCCAAUGUUGACAAUCCCGAAUGCAAACCUCGAAAAGGACACAAAGGUCCAGACCGAUUCCUGCCAGUCGGGCGAGGAGUACCGUGUCGCCCAGGAUGUCACGGCCCCCCCGGACCCCGUGGCCGAGGGCUCGACCACCGACGUGCCCAUCCACGGCGAGAAGACCAACGUCUUGUUCCACCCCACCCCGACGGUCAGCUACGAGCCCAUGUUCGAGACGGUCGAGGCCCGCGCCAACGUCCUGUGCGCCGGCGUCUUUAUCGCAAUCAUCUUUGUCGGCAAGAUGUUUGGCGGCAGCCUCUGGGGCCUGAUUCCCCUCGCCGCCUGUGUCGCCUCUGGCGUUUUCCUGUGGGUCAAGGAUCUCAUCCGCCAGGGCCGUGACAUCGAGUGGUCGAGCGAGAAGAAGAGGGGCGAGACGGCCGUCGUGAACCUAAUCCCCGAGUCGGUCGAGUGGCUGAACACGGCCGUCGGGCUCAUCUGGGGGCUUAUCAAUCCGGACAUGUUCGCCGCUGUGGCCGACAUCCUCGAGGACGUCAUGCAGGCUAGCGUACCUGGCGUGAUCGAGAACGUAAAGGUAAACGACAUCUCGCAGGGCAGUAACCCGCUCCGCAUCCUGAGCUUGAGAGCCCUGCCGGACUCGCAGGUCCAGGACCUCAAGGCCGAGAUACGCAAGCAGGACGAAAAGGUCAAGGACCCGCAGGAGCUGGCGGCUGACGAAGAGGGCGGCGACUUCUACAACCUCGAGGCUACCGUUGCCUACAACUCGCUGCCGUCCACUGGGGAUGUCUCCUCCAAGGCCAAGAACAUGGGCAUGCAGCUGGUGUUUUAUCUGGGAAUCAAGGGCCUGUUCGGCGUCCCUUUUCCAGUCUGGGUCGAGCUGAACCGGCUUGUGGCGACGGCCAGGAUAAGGAUCUCGCUGGCGCCCGACCCGCCGUUUAUAAAGACGCUCAGUUUCACUCUCAUGGGCCUCCCCAAAGUCGAGGCCGGCUGUGUGCCGCUGAUCGAGAAGGGCGCCAACAUCCUCAACCUCCCCAUCAUUUCAAACUUUGUCAACUGGGCCAUUGCGGCUGCCGCCAACAUGUAUGUCGCCCCCAAGUCGAUGACACUAGACAUUGGCAAGAUGCUACAGGGAGACAACAUUAAGAAGGAGACCGACACACUCGGUGUCCUCUUUGUCAGGAUCCACAAGGCCGUCGGGCUCAGCAAGCAGGACCGGCGCGGGAGCGAAGGUGGUGGCUCGGACCCAUAUAUAUGUGUUUCGUUCUCCAAGUUUGGCAAGCCGCAGUACUGCACACGCGUGAUCCAGGACGACCUGAAUCCCAUCUUCGAGGAAAGCUGCGCCCUGCUGGUCACCUCGGACAUCAUCAAGGCUGACGAGCAGCUGUCUCUCGAGUUAUGGGACAGCGACCGCAACUCGGCCGACGACGUCGUUGGCAAGGUCGAGCUGAGCAUCCAAAAGCUGAUUCAACAUCCCGGCAGAAUGUUUCCCCAGGUCUCCAAGCUGAGGGGUCUCAAGGCCGAGAGCACCAUGCCCGGUGAGCUCCAUUGGGAAGUUGGCUUCUUCGGCAAGACGCAAUUCAGGAGAGCCCUGAGGACGCACGGGAAGGAUAUGAACCUUCCCGAGGAGCUGCGCGACAAGAAGGAGCUGCAAGACGACAAGGGCAGCCUCGAUAACGCCGAGGAAGACGCCGUGGUGCACACGCCUCCCGACCCGCUGUGGCCGAGCGGCAUCCUCAGCGUCGUUGUCCACCAGAUUGUCAACCUCGAGCUGCAAAACGUCAAGGGCUCCAACGGCAAGAGAAAGGGCCGAGAGUUCGAGCCCGCCCGGCCCGACACGGGCGAGGUCAUGGAGGAGCAGGGAAAGAAGCUGCCCAGCGCGUACUGCACGAUUCUGCUGAACGACGAGCUGGUCUACAAGACGCGGACCAAGGUGGUCUCGUCCAAGCCCAUCUUCGAGGCGGGCACCGAGCGCUUCAUCCGCGACUGGCGCUCGGCCAUCGUGACGGUCAGUGUGCGGGACUCGCGCAACCGACAGCACGACCCCAUCAUCGGCGUCGUCCCGCUCAAGCUUUCCGAUGUCCUGCAGACCAGCAGCCAGAGUACGCGCUGGUAUCCGCUCGACGGCGGAAUCGGGUUUGGGCGCAUUAGGAUUAGCCUGCUCUUCCGCUCCGUCGAGCUGAAGCUGCCCCCGCCGCAGCUCAGCUUUGGCGAGAUUGGCACCUUUGAGUUUGCGAGCGACAAGAUCGCGGCGUCAAACUACUCGGCGUCCAACAAGGUGAAGCUGAAGCUGCGCACCGGCGGCAGCUCUGCCGUCAUCAAGACGGAUGUCUGCUCCAAAUCCGCAGACGGCAUGGGCCUCUCGUGGGACAUCGCCGGCGACGACAAGAACCCCAAGGUCCGGCUGCCGGUCCGGUUCCGCUACCGGUCGCCCGUCUUCUUCGAGUUCCACCCCACGGGCAAACGCCACGCGGACACGUUCGCGGCCAUCUGGCUGCAGGACCUGGUCGACAACGAGGAGAGGGACUUUGACAUCCCCAUCUGGCGCUGCAACAACAGCAUGCGUCUCUCGCAGAACUACAUCACGGAGCGCAACUACCGCACGGUGCCGGACCUCAAGAUUGAGCAGAUUGGCCGCCUGCGCUUCCGCGGCCGCUUCAAGCCUGGCACGGACCGCGACCACCUCAAGUUCGUCAGCGACAACGACUCGCGCGAGACUAUUGAGAGCUGGGAGGCGUGCUUCGCCGAGGGCGUGCGCGCCGAGCACGUGACGGCCGACGUGCCCGAGCUGGUGCAGAAACUGCACGAGGAGAGCCUGACGCAGGGCCGCGACGUGCUGGCGCAGGCGCCCGACGAAGACAAGCAGAAGUGGCUGGCCAAGGACGGCACCGACUGGAGCGGCGCGUUCGGCCAGGACCCCAAGGAGCUGCUGAGCCUGCACCGCGCCAGUAGCAGCGAGGACUCGGGGCGCACCGAGGACGAGGACGACGACGAGCAUGAUGGUGAUGUUGACCUGGGCAUUGCCGACGCCAACCACGACCCCGAGGGCACCGACCAGGAAGACGGCAGCGAGUACGUGUCUGGCGAGGCCAGCGGCAACGGCAACGGAUCAGCUCUCGAGGGCACGCAGUCGGCCGACACGCAGGCCAGAUCGGCCAGCCGGUCGAGCCACAGCAACAGCAACAGCAACAGCAAGAACCCCAUCAAGCAAUACAAGGACUACAAGAGCCGCAGCCGCGACCUCCACCGCCAGCAUCGCGGGCUGAUGCAGUGGAGGCCGAUGCGCAACGUCCAGUUCGCCAAGGACGAGGCGCUGUUUGCCGCGCGCCGCCUCACAAAGGUCGGCAGCCUAAGCGGCCGCAAGCCCGACGUCGAGACCGAGGUGAAUGGCUGAUAUUGAUGUUCUCUUUCACACCCGACGAGUUUGCCGGUACGGAGGUUGGCGCUGGAGGUGUUUGUUGCUCAAUUGUUUCUCGGCCGAUACGUAUGAGAACCUAGAAAAUUGGAAAUCGGAAUUAGAGAGUGAUCGCACACAAUAGACAUGUGUAGAUCUCUCGAGGUUGUAAAAUAGGUGUACGUGCUAAAUAGGUAGUCCCUAUUUUCUUUCUACAAUAAAAAGGCAGUGAGUGUAUAACCAUCUUGAAUCUAUGCCAACGUGUGCUAUUGCGAGACUCCAAGCUGCCAGUUAUGUCCUGACUCCCGGGGGUAGGUGUGUAUUGUGAGAAUGACCAUGGUAUCCGUACAGUGGGCGGCAAAAAGUUUGAAUCCAAACUUUGAACCAUGAAAGCCGCUAGUAAGCCACUAGCCAGCCGCUAA